GUGCUUUAUAAAGAAGAGAUUUCUUGUUGUUGUUGUCAAGAUAUAUUCUUUUGCAUCUCGCGCUCUAUUAAUAGGCCUCAAACUCGACACACAGCGAUACACUUGAAUUGUCUAUAUUUGGAAAAAUCAUCAUCAACAGUAAUAAAUAUAUAUAUAAAAGCAGCAGAACACAUUCCAACAAAGCAUAACUCGAAGAGAGAAAAUAUUUAUUCAACUAAUUAUCAGACCAGCCACCAAGUGUAAAACGAGAGUCUCAGUAUAUUAUGAUUAAUUGAGUUAUGACGUCAUUGAUGAUAUUGCAUGCGAGUCAAAAUGUGUUUGGAUUAUUGCAAUGGAUCGCAUUAACGAAUGAAUAAUCACGGGAGCUCAGUGGGAGCGACCCGAAAUAGAGGUGGUAACCCAACUGAUAAAAUAACGCCAAAUGUCUAUUAUCAUCAUACAUUAGAGCCUCAAGCAACAACGAUUGAGCAUCAACAGCAGUUACAGCAACGACAAACAAAUUGCAACAAUUUUGGUACAAAUAGUUUACAACAAAAUCAUAUACAACAAUAUCAUAGCAUUAAUAAUAAUAUUGAUCAGAGUGAUGUAAUCGAUGCAAAUAUUUUGGUGACAGAAGCGUCGUCCGUUAGUAGUAAUAGUAAUAAUAAGAGUAAACGCAAUACCGCAACUAGUAAAUCUCGAAACGCUAAUAAUAUUAAUAAUACAAAUAAUCUAAUAAAUAAUAACGCAACGCCAAUUCACAUGAGCAGUAACAAUUCUUCAUCUAGUAGUAUUAAUAGGACUAAUAACAAUCAUCAGCAAUUAACGCCUGGUGCGUCAUCAUCGUUGUCGAAUCAAGUAUUUAAUAAUAAUCAACAACAUCAAAAUAAUAACAUUAGUCAAUACGCCAACGCCAACAACAACAAUUAUAGCAAUCAAAAUAAUCAUUUAAAUAGUAAUUUUAAUAUGGUAGCUGCUGGACAACAAGGCGUUAUGGACGUCGGCUAUAAUUCACAGAUGAACAACAUGGGAAUGCAUUCCCAAAAUUCCUGGAAUAAUCAAAUAAAUUCAAUGGGUGGUAAUGGAAAUGCUUCAAAUGCCAAUAAUGGUAAUAAUAUGGCAAAUAUGUCAAAUAUGAAUGGCAUGAUGAAUGGUGGAAUGAUGAAUCAAAUGAAUCAAAUGAACACCAUGCAUGCAAAUGGUGGAAAUCCAAUGCAGAUGGGCAAUAUGAACAAUAUGAAUUCCAUGAAUGCACAAAUGAAUGGUGCCAUGAAUUUUAAUAAUCAGAGACAUCAUCAGAGUCAAAUUAAUCCAAUGACACAAAUGGCAAAUAUGGGAAUGAGUAGUGGUGGUCCUGCCAGUAAUGGAGCUGUAGGUGGUAGUCAUCAAAUGAGCACUCAAAUGAAUGGCAUGAAUCAGAUUAAUCAAUUAAAUCCAAUGGCCAAAAUGCAAGGCAUGGCAAAUGGCUAUGCACCACCGAGACGAAUGUCACCGUAUCCAAAUCCACAAAUGCAUACAGCACAAAAGAGGGCAGCAAUGUAUGGCAUGGGAAGUGCCAAUCAAGUUCCACCAAGUGGACCAGCCAUGAGUCAAUUUCCACAGCAUCAAGGUGCUGUACCGAUUCCAUUACAAAAUCAAUAUUCACGACCAGGACAAAAUCCAAUGAAUCCAUAUGGAAGAAGUCCAUCAAUGAUGCCAACGAAUCGACAAAAUACUCCACCUUAUAAUAAUGCAGCUGCACAACAGUAUUAUGGAAAUGCUGGUGCCAAUGCAGGAUAUCAAAAUAUUCAAGGAUUUCAUCAGCAAGAUGGUCGAAAUCUCAAUUAUCAGCAUAGUCCCGUUCCUGGCAAUCCGACACCUCCACUCACACCUGCAUCGUCAAUGACACCCUACAUCAGUCCAAAUCCUGAUGUUAAACCAAAUAUUGUGCACAAUGAAGAACUAAGAUUAACUUUCCCAGUCCGGGAUGGAAUAAUCCUACCACCAUUUCGUCUCGAACAUAAUUUAGCUGUUAGUAAUCAUGUAUUUCAACUUAAGCCAACCGUUUACAAUACACUUAUGUGUCGAUCUGAUCUCGAAUUGCAACUCAAAUGUUUCCACCAUGAGGAUCGUCAAAUGAACACAAAUUGGCCAGCGAGUGUACAAGUAUCGGCUAACUCGACCCCACUUGAGAUUGAUCGUGGUGAGAAUAAGAAUACACAUCGUCCAUUAUACUUGAAACAAGUCUGUCAGCCGGGCAGAAAUACAAUUCAAAUUACAGUCAGCACUUGUUGUUGCUCUCAUCUCUUCGUAUUACAACUCGUUCAUCGACCGUCGGUAAGGCAUGUUCUACACACAUUACUUCGACGAAAUCUAUUACCUGCUGAGCAUGCUGUGGCCAAAAUAAAGCGUAGCUUUGCUCAGGGCCAUAUUCAAUCACCUCAAACGAAUCCAUCUGGCGUACCGACAAAUGAUAAGGACGGCAGUAUGGAUCUACAACAAUCAUUAAAAGUAUUCCUCAAGUGUCCGAUCACGUGCAAGAGAAUAACAUUACCAGCACGUGGACACGAUUGUAAACACAUACAAUGCUUUGAUCUCGAAGCAUAUCUACAAAUUAAUUGUGAGCGUGGCAACUGGAGGUGCCCUGUGUGCAAUAAACCAGCUUUAACAGAAGGACUUGAAAUCGAUCAGUAUAUGUGGGCAAUAUUAAACACCUUAACAUCACAGCAAGAAACAGAAGAGGUGAUGAUUGAUGCACAAGCAAAUUGGAAGGCAAUUAAGCCAAUGAAUAUGAAUGGUAUAAAGCAAGAGCCGCUUGAUCCAGACAGUGGUAAACAGUUUAAUAAAGUCAUGUCACCGGGAUCAACAUCACUACCAUCAUGGGAUAAUAUGCAGGCUAUGAGUCCAUAUAUGAGUCCGGAUAUGAACUCGAUUGCGAGUGGAAGCAUGAUGAAUCAAAAUUACAACCAAAGAAAUCAACAAUUCGACCCAUAUGGUAAUCCAAUCAAGGUAGACCCAAUGACUGGAGAAUUCACCAGUAAUAAUGGUGUAAAUGGCAAUAAUAAUCCAUUAGCACAUUUAAAUGAAUCUGUGAAUUCACUCGAUCCACUAAAUGCCAUGGAAAAGUCACUUAAUGAUCAGAUGCCCCACACGCCUCACACACCAAACGGUGGUCACAACAAUCCAAUGACACCAGGCGGACCACCGAGUGUACCAAGCGUACAUGAUAAUGUAAAUGGCACCAAUUCAAAUAACUCCAAUUCACCUCAGCACCAGCAAAACAUAUUAAAUUCAGCAUCAAAUAUUAUGAACUCGCCACAGAGUCUUAUGAAUUCGCCACAGAAUAUGAUGAACUCACCUCAGAAUAUGAAUCAAAAUAUGCAACAAAACAUGAUGAAUUCAAUAGCAAAUCUCACUGAUGUAUGUUCGGAUUUGACAAAUGCAGAUCUUAAUUUCGAUCCAGCCGCUGUUAUUGAUGGCGAAGGUGGAAAUGAUCUGAAUCUCCUUCCGGAUAAUGUAAAUGUCGAUCCCUUAGAGCUACUCUCGUAUCUUGACCCACCACCAGAUCUCAAUACGCCACCAAGUUCAGGCUCUAGUAACAAUGCAAAUAAUGAUGACUUUUUAGCCGUGUUAUUUGAUUAAAUAUGUAAUCAGCAAGUCGGAUGUGGUGAACUUUUGUGAUGAUGAUCGUCAAACGAUUGAAAUCGACAUAUAAAUCCCUAUAAAAUGAGAUAAAAUGUGUUACAUUGGUGAGAUAAAAUUACAUGAAAAAAAAAAAAAAAUGAAAAAUGAAAAAAAACCUUCUCAAGUGAAGAAUAUUAAGUAAAAAAUGUGGAACAAAUUUUUAACUUAUUAUAUAAAUAUAUACAUACAGCAAUUGUGAUUUUGUGCAAAACAAACAAAAAACUAAAACAGUAAAAAAUUCAAAAAAAAGUUAUUGGACGAAAAAGAAAUUGAGUAAAAAAUAAAAAAUAAAUCUUAAUUAAAAUGAGGAAAAAUAAUUGAGGAAAAAAAUUUAUUUCUAUAGUAUUGUAAGUUGUACAUAGACUAAAAUUCACA